AUGUUCUCCGUAAUUGGAGCCGCUGUGCUCCUCCUGGGUUCUCUGAGACCCGUACUCUCUCAAAAUAUAAGCGGUUGCCCAGGCUAUACAGCUAGCAAUGUCGCCCAGACCGACUCAGGUCUGACUGCCUCACUGACGCUGGCUGGGGACGCAUGCAACGUCUACGGCUACGACCUUCCGGAUCUAACGCUCCUGGUCGAAUAUCAAACAGACUCUCGCCUUCAUAUCCAAAUAUUUGAUCAGAGUGAAACAGUAUACCAAGUCCCGGAGUCGGUCGUAGGGCGGCCUGGCAACGACACCGUUGCUGUUGCAAGCUCACUCUUAUCAUUCAAUCUGACCCAGGAUCCAUUCUCUUUCGCCGUCCAGCGCACAGAUAGCGGGGAGUCCAUCUUUGACACUUCGGGAAUGGCCCUCGUUUUCGAGUCCCAGUAUGUCCGACUUCGCACUUCGCUUCCGAGUAAUCCGAAUAUCUAUGGAUUUGGAGAAGACACCGACCCUUUCCGUCGCCCAACUACUGACUACGUUCGCACAUUGUGGUCUCGAGAUGCGUACUUGAUCCCACCAGGAACCAACCUCUACGGAAAUCACCCCAUCUACUUCGAGUACCGCGAGAGCACCAGUGAGACCCAUGGGGUCUUCAUGUUGAACAGCGAUGGUAUGGAUCUCGACAUUAACAGCGAUUCCGCGGGGCAGUAUCUCGAAUACAACAUGAUCGGAGGGAUCGUCGAUCUCUACGUCCUUGCUGGCCCGGGCCCAGUCGACGUUGCUAGGCAAUACAGCGACGUCAUCGGCCAGCCCACCAUGAUGCCAUAUUGGGGCUUCGGGUUCCAUCAGUGUCGAUACGGCAUGCAGGAUGUCUACGAGGUCGCCGCGGUCGUUGCAAACUACUCAGCUGCUGACAUACCCUUGGAGACAAUGUGGACCGACAUCGACUACAUGGAUUUGCGAAAGGUCUUCACGUUGGAUCCUGAUCGAUUCCCAUUGGAGAAGAUGCAGGAGCUCGUUACUUACCUUCAUGAUCACGAGCAGCAUUACAUCAUGAUGGUAGACCCUGCCGUGGCGUAUCAGAACUACUCUGCUUUUGAGAACGGUGAGAGUGCGGGUAUAUUCCUAAAGAAUAGCGAUGGUUCCAUCUACCAAGGCGUUGUCUGGCCCGGUAUCACCGCCUUCCCAGACUGGUUCAAUCCGGCCACCCAGGGCUAUUGGAACGGCGAAUUCUCCAGCUUCUUCAGUCCAACGGAUGGGGUUGACAUCGAUGCCCUCUGGAUCGACAUGAAUGAAGCCUCCAACUUCUGCCCCUACCCGUGCAGUGACCCAGCAGCGUUCGCCGUCUCCAACGAUGACCCCCCUGCACCUCCACCAGUCCGCCCUAACGCAGGCUAUCCGAUCCCCGGAUUUCCAACAGACUUCCAGCCCUCCUCCUCCAGCCGCAUAAAGCGGGGGCAAAGCCUCAAAAAGAGACAAAUGGGAACUGCGGGCGGCAUGAUGGGCCUGCCAAACCGCGACCUCAUCAACCCACCAUAUCCCAUCCACGACGCAGCCGGCUCCAUUAGCAAUCUCACGCUCGACACCAAUCUCAUUCACUCCAACGGCCUUGCCGAAUACGACACCCAUAACCUCUUCGGCACCAUGAUGAGCGAAACUAGCCGCGGCGCAAUGCUUAACCGCCGCCCCGGCCUACGACCGAUGGUGAUAACCCGGAGCACAUUCGCAGGCGCCGGCCGCUACGUCGGCCACUGGCUCGGCGACAACAACUCCGACUGGUUUCACUACCAAAUCUCGAUUGCCGAAAUGAUUGCAUUCGCAGCCAUCUAUCAGAUCCCGAUGGUCGGAUCCGACGUCUGUGGCUACGCUGGCGACACGACCGAAGAGCUCUGUGCACGCUGGGCUAUGCUGGGAGCAUUCUACCCCUUCUACCGCAACCACGACGCCACCGGGGUCGCCCAUCAGGAAUACUACCUCUGGCCAACCGUUACCGAAGCCGCGCAAGUAGCAAUCAAGGCGCGCUACCAACUCCUCGACUACAUUUACACCGCCCUCUACCAGCAAUCCGUCGACGGCACACCGCUCCUGAACCCCAUGUUCUUCCUCUACCCCACCGAUACCAACACCCUGUCUCUGGACUUGCAAUACUUCUACGGGCCCUCCAUCCUAGUGGCGCCCGUGACGGACGAGGGCGCCACCAGCGUCUCCGUCUACUUCCCCGAUGACCAAUUCUACGACUUCUUCACCUACGAACCCCUCCGCGGCAGCGGCUCGUCCGUCACCAUCAACGCAAAUCUGACUCAGAUCCCCGUGUACAUCAAAGGCGGCGCCAUCCUCCCCCUCCGCUCCGACGGCGCCAACACGACCGCCGCACUGCGCGAGCUCGAUUUCAAUCUCGUCGUAGCGCCGGGGCUCGACGGCAAAGCGUCCGGGUCUCUAUACCUCGAUGACGGGGUGUCGAUCACGCAGGCCGCGACGUCGGUGAUCGGAUUCGCGUACGACGGGUCGACUUUGACCAUGAGCGGGACGUUUGGGUACGAUGUGGGGAAUGUGAGUAUCGCGGAUGUGGUAUUGUUGAGUGCGACGGGGAGUCCCACGACGACAACGGCGAACAAGCCGCUGACGGGUGGGUUCAGCAUGUCUUUGUAA